AGCUCCGCCACUUAAACUCUUGCUGUGGAGCUGGAUUGCAAGGCGGAAACAGGAUCUGGCGAGUGAAUGUUGAGCUGAGGUGUGUUUAUGUGGGUUUUAGGGCCGAUUUUGGAGAAGUGAAGUUUAGCCUGGCAGGACAGGGCGGCGGAGACAAAGAGCCUCAACUCCCGCCUUAGUUUGACAACAGUUAGACUUCUCCCGUGUCCAUCGUUGGGUCCUGCAAGCUCCACGCUACGGCUGAGGGAUUAUGAAAAGGUUCAGGCGACAUGGCCAGGAGUCCCAGAGGGAUCGCCUCAAACAGGAACUCUUCCACUUCACCAAGACUGUGGAGCAUGGAUUCCCCCACCAGCCCAGCGCUCUGGGCUACAGCGCUUCUCUCCAGCUCAUGGCCAUUGGAACCCGCUCUGGAGCCAUCAAGCUGUAUGGGGCUCCUGGCGUGGAGUUCAUGGGUCUCCAUGAUGAAAAUGCUGCUGUCACACAGGUGUUCUUCAUGCCUCAUCAGGUUGAGCUGGUGACUUUGCUGGAUGACAACAGUCUGCACAUGUGGACUCUACGAGGCCACAAGGGACCUUCGGAGCUUCUUGAGAUCGGACGUUUCAUGCUGACCGGACCACCUGGGGCCCCACCCAGUGUGACCAGAGUGACUGCAGUUCUGGCCCACUCCUCAGGGGAGCUGCUGCUGUUGGGAACAGAAGGUGGACAUGUGUUCAUUGUUGAAGUCCCAGGGUUCAGAGAGUUGGAAGAGAGGAACAUCAGCCUUGACCAAGUGACCAGCAGUGUUCCAGAUGACUACAUCGGUCGUAGGAAUCUGGAACAUGUUGAGGCCCUGCAGGAGAACCCGAUUAACUCAAAUCAGGUUGCUAUUGGCUAUGGACGGGGCCUCAUAGUCAUCUGGGAUUUGGAGCAGCGCCACGCCAUCCGCCACAUCCCGGCCACACAGCAAUUAGAGAGCAUGUGGUGGACCGAGGAUGGAAGCUCCCUUCUUAGCUCGCACAGUGAUGGAAGCUACUGCUGCUGGCCGUUGAGGGGUGAGGAUGAAAAUGAGGCAGAGGAGAAGUCCGACACUCCAUAUGGACAUUUCCCUUGCAAGGCCAUCACUAACAUAAUUCAGCUUCCAACAGCUGGAGGGCCUCCAUUCCUGCUGUUCAGUGGUGGCAUGCCCCGGGCCAGCUACGGGGAUAGACACUGCAUCACGGUGAUCCACAGUAAAACACAAGUGGCCUUCGACUUUACCUCCAGGAUCAUCGACUUCUUCGUCAUCAGGGACGGCCCCCAGCACACAGGAGAGCCAAGUGCCCUGGUGGUCCUGGUGGAGGAGGAGCUGGUUGUCAUUGACCUGCAGACAGAAGGCUGGCCAGUUAUUCAAACACCUUACCUGGUUUCGCUCCACAGUUCAGCCAUCACCUGCUCCCACCAUGUGUCUGCCAUUCCCCUUAAACUGUGGGAAAGGAUCAUUGCUGCUGGAGAGCUGCAGAAUACUCACUAUUCAAAAAAGCCUUGGCCAAUAACCGGAGGUCACAACCUGGCUCCCGAUCCUCCACAAAGGGACCUGUUGCUCACAGGACAUGAGGAUGGAACUGUACGUUUCUGGGAUGCAUCGGGAAUUUGCCUGUAUCCUCUCUACAAGCUGUCCACUGCUGCAGUUUUCCACGCAGAUGCUGAUCCCAACGACAACAUGAGCCAAAGCGCAGAAGGAGAGUGGCCACCUUUCAGAAAGGUUGGCUGCUUUGACCCCUACAGUGAUGACCCAAGGCUUGGAAUCCAGAAGAUCCAUCUGUGCAAAUACAGUGGCUACCUUACUGUUGCUGGCACUGCAGGACAGAUUCUGAUGCUGGAGCUGAACGAUGAGGCAGCAGAGCAGACAGUGGAGGCUAAAGUUGUGGAUUUGUUGCAGGGACAAGAGGGAUUCCGCUGGAAGGGCCACACUCAGCUGGAUGUUCGUGUAGAGUCGGUGCUUUUCCCUGCAGGAUUCCAGCCUUUCACUGUGGUCCAGUGCCAUCCUCCUGCCGUGGUCACCGCCCUCACUCUGCACUCGGAGUGGAAGCUGGUAGCGUUUGGGACCAGCCAUGGCUUUGGCGUGUAUGAUUACCUACAGAAGAACAAUGUUCUUGUCAAAUGCACAUUAAACCCCAGUGACCAGCUGGCAAUGGAGGGUCCUCUGUCAAGGGUGAAGAGCAUAAAGAAGUCCCUGCGACAGUCUUUCAGAAGAAUCCGACGCAGCAGAGUUUCUCUGAGAAAACAUCACAUCAGCAGUACUGCCAAGAUUCAGGAGGCAAAUGCUCGUUUGGAGGCUGAACUGGCUGAGAUGGAGCUGGCUCCUGUCCAGAGAAAGAUCGAAGCUCGCUCCUCAGACGACUCCUUCACUGGCCUUGUACGAACUCUAUACUUUGCUGACACCUUCCUUUCAGACAGUUCACACAAUACCCCCUCCCUGUGGGCGGGGACUAACGGUGGAUGUGUGUUUGCAUACAUUCUCUACCUCCCUCCUGUAGAACGCAGAGCAGAUGAACCAGUCACUGCACAGCCCGCCAAGGAAAUCCAGCUGAUGCACCGUGCCCCUGUGGUUGGGAUCGUGGUUCUGGAUGGUCAUGGGGCUCCUCUCCCUGAGCCGCUAGAGAUGGCUCAUGACCUGGCUCGCUCACCUGACAUGCAUGGCUCACACCAUGUGUUGGUCAUCUCUGAGGAGCAGUUUAAGGUUUUCACGCUGCCAAAGGUGAGCAGUAAGAUGAAGCUGAAGGUGACUGCGGUGGAUGGAUCCAGAGUGCGGAGGGUGGGGGUGGCCUGGUUUGGCAGCAGCAGAACAGAGGACUAUGGCGAGAGCGGAUUGGUCUUUCUGACCAAUCAGGGCGAUGUGCAUGUAUUGUCACUGCCGCAUGUUAAAAUGCAGGUUCGGUACCCUUGCAUCCGAAGGGAGGAUGUCAGUGGCAUCGCCUCCUGUGUUUUCACCAAACAAGGGCAGGGCUUCUACUUGAUCUCUCCAUCUGAGUUUGAACGCUUCUCUUUGUCUACUCGCUGUCUGGUGGAGCCUCGUUGUCUGGUUGAAGCUCCUCUUCAUCCAGGCUCCUCCAACCAGCAUCAAACUAAACCCAAAGGAGACUCAUCAGCCUACAGAAGUUCACUAGACACCAAGGAUGCAGAAAGUGCAGCUAGAUGUGUUAUGGAGCACGCUUUGCUGAAUGAUGAAAAAGUCCUACAGGAGAUCCAGAAGUCUCUAGAGGGCGACCAGAUGUCCUUCCCAGAGAAUAAUGUGAAGAGUGCUGUUGCCUGAGAUCUGGUUCUCAACUGCUCAGAGAAUGAACACAUUAAAAUGUAUGAAGUGUACUGCAGUCCUGCAGCUUCUCUAACCUCCCGCUUUGCAAACACAACCACUACUGACCCCUGCUCCCCCUAAAACCCGCAUCAAAAAGACCCCUAAAGGCUCCUACUGCAGCAGCUGGAGCUCCACAAGGAUGCAGAAGAGCUCAGCAGAUGGAUGGUAAACCAGAAGACUCUGCCUUACAGUCUCCUUGGCUGGUGACUCAUUAGCAGCUGAAAGCUACAUAUAUACAACCCACACUGAGUCAAUCAGUUCUAAUAGAUGUCUUAUAGAUACCUGGAUGUUGGUAAAGAGUUUGGGGAAAAAAACUACAUUUUGAGUUAUUUUAAAUAGUUGGGUUUUUUUGCCAGUAUUUGUCUGCAUGCACAUCAGUACAGAUAUAUUAUGAAUGGGUUAUAGAUAUAUAAAGUUUUUUCCCCAAAUUCUUUAUACUUUCACCCGUUUUUAACGUAACACUAAUUUUAUACGGAGACCUUUUCCAGUGUACAACUAAUGAAACUAAAGCAGUUUUUAAUUCACUGUUGUCAGUUUUACUCAGGUCAUAAUUUUAAUUAUGCUUUUUAAAAUUUUGAUCUAAGUGGCUUUUUUGUCUUAUGCUUUCCCCGUUAUUGGAAUAAACCCUUUUCUGUAAUCAUAAGAGAGAUGGGGAAUUAAAUGCUGUUUUUUUUUUUUUAAACUGUUACUUUUUUUAAAAGAAAAAUAUAUUGUUAAAUUAAUAUAGAUUCACACUACAUGCACAGUCCCAGCCCUACCUUUUUAACUGCAAGGUAACCUGACCCAGAGGUACUUGUGCACUACAGCUCAGCACACUGUUCUUUUUUCUGGGGGGAAGCUUUGUUUAGGGUUUAUUUUUAUGAAUUUUACUAUUGUUUCAUAAACUAGAAAUGAUUGAUGUGAUUUUUGGAAUGUAAUUGUAAGCAAUGAUAGCUAAUUGUUAUAUACUGUAUUAUGUAUAUGAUUGUUGUGCCUUCUUUAACUGGGAUUGGCUGCUAUUUAGAUCACACAAGGAAAUGUUUUGGUACUAUGUGUUUGAAUCCUUGGUAUUUUAGCAUCAGCUUGGAAUAUAUUUUUGUAGCAAACUGAUCAUAAAACCUAAUAAUUUUUCAGUUGUAUGAAAUUUUACACUGUAGUUUUCCUGUAAGCAAGUACAUGUUUUUCUUAAGAA